AUGAGACUGAGAGAGAGAGAAGUGAGCCCAGCUGGGCCUCCCAACUCCAAGCCGGCCCAUCCCCGCGGCCCACCUAAGCCAAACCCUAGCCCGAUCGAAUCCCCAUCUCUCCCUCUGCCGCCGCCUCCUGCUCGAUCCCCCUGCUCUCGCUCGUCUCCCUCUCCUCCUCUCGCGCUGUCAUCCACGCACAGGAGAGGGAUCCCGAUCCCGCAGCGCCGCUACCUCGCUCUCAAUCCCCAUAUCUCCCGAUGCCCCCUCACUUGCGCCGCCAGGGUGAGCCCCGGCUCGAUCCCCUUUCCCCUCCACUCGUCUCCCUCCUCGCGCCAGGGAGAGGAGCUCCCUUGUCCCCACCGUCCUCCGGCUCGUCGCUGCCGGCCGCCUCCUUCUCCUCACCGUAGCUCCUCCGCCGUGGCUGCACCUUCACCACCACACACGCGUCGCUGCCGCGCCACGACCAAGCUGGCCUCCUGCUCCGACGUGGUUGCGCUGCAGCGCGUCCUCCGUUGCCAGCGUGAAGCCUCGCCUGAGACCGCCCUGCUUUGCCUCUGCGCCGCGCCGCCCCAUCGACCCGCCGCGUCCUCGCGUCUCCCUUCCUCGUCCCGCACCCGAGCCGUCCCCGAGCGCCUCCUCCUUGCUACUUCGCCUGUCACCGAACAGGAGCUCCGCCUCCUCGACUCCUGGUUCGGCUGUCGUCGCUGCUGCCCCUCCCCGACCUCCGGCCUUGUCCAGGGCUCCAAGCCAUCCCUGCCGUCACCUCUUCGGGCGCCGCUGUUUGUCGUCGUUGCCACCCCGGGCCCCGUGCUGCCGCUGACCACCACCAUCGCCUCCUCGCUGCUGCCCACCCGAGGCCCUUGUAUUGCUUCGUUUCGGGUCAUCAAGACCAACAAGUUCGCCUACACGGCCUCUACGUUGAACGACUGA